ACUUGACAGUGUUCAAGAUUGGUUAUUACGUUAUGCGAUUAUUUUCCGACUAAAUAAGCUGCACUGACAAGAACGUAACUACAUGCAUGGAACAAUUACGCAUACUAUUUUUUUGUUUUCAAUCCUAUCUUAAGUAUUAAUUAUCAAGAACUAGCAACAUAACCUAUAUGUAACAAGUGGCUUGGAUUUUCCAAGCUUGGUAUAUUAAGAACGUUUGAUGCCACAAUUUCGCAUAUUUAGAAGAAAGUAGAUUCUUGCAAUAAUGAACCAAGUUUGAUGUGCAUACUGGACUCGAAAUAAAAGAAGGAACAAAAAUUUGUUGGAGAGCUAGAAUUUAAAAAUUAUGGAAACCUUUUCUACUCAAAGGUUUGAUGCUAAAAUUGAGGGCUUCGAGUCGUGUAUAAUUGACGGCACAGGUCAACAACAAGAUAUUACUCAGACUGUGAGUACUGAAACGACCGUUCAAGAUGUUGGUACAAUGGAAAGUGAAGAAAACAGUGAAGCAGCUGCAAUGCAACAAGUACAAAAUGUGCAACAAAAUAAUCAAAUUUCUCCAUUAAUGCAUCAAAAUCCACAACAUAAUGUAACUUUGACACCAGUACGACUACCUGCUAUUUUGGAUGGAGAAUUUUUCAGUGUUAUGAGAUUAGAAGAUUCAAAUGUUACAGCACGUUGUUUGCAAUGUCACAAACUUCUUAAUGGAAAUCUCAAGUCAACAGGAAAUUUUUUAAGUCAUGUUAAGAGAGUUCAUCCUUUUCUGAUGGAAAAAAUAAAAAGCAAGUCAAAUCAAAGAAGGCCAGCAGCGAUUUACAUUGAUUUAUCUCAAGAGAAGUGCUCAGAAAUUAUAAGAGUUAAGAACCGGUUGAAAAAAUUUCCCAAAACAGAAGAAUGUCAUCAACCUAUUGCUGAAGAGACUUUUGAACAAACUGAAUGGAUAGAACCAGCAGGUCUUAAAAAAAGAAAAUCAGAAGAAAUUGAUACCAGCGAAAUGUUAAGAGUUUCUCACAAUAACUCUAUAAUUGUUGAAGAUGAGUUUGAUGCCAUUGGAAGAAAUGUUGCUGCUAAACUACGACACAUGCGAUUAGAUCAACGAAUAAUUGCAGAAAAAUUACUCAAUGAUAUCCUGUUUGAAGCACAGCUAGGUAACCUUCACAGAGAUUCCAACAUACAUGUUUGAAAGUUUCUAUUUUAUUUUAAAACAAGUUGAAUAUUAUGAUUUUAUAAUCAAGUAUAAUAGUCUUGAUUCUGUAAAAUCAAGUUGUUUUUAUUAAUUGUAAUAAGAAGGAUAAAUAUUUUUAAAGUUUUAUAAUUCCUAGACUAUCUAAAGAAUUUGUAGCUAGUUUUAACUGUACAGAUUUUUAUAAGCAAUCGUUUAUAAAUAACAAAAGAAACACAUAAAUGUUUGUACAAAUAUUUUUAUUGCACACAGUACACAAGGAUCUGUAAAUAAGUAUGGCUAUUUGGUAAAAAAAUGGACUGGAUUACAAUAGUCUAUAUCUUAAUGUUAUUUAUAACAGUUAAUGAUCAGAGUGUGAAAAUUAAUUUUUAAUGAAAAAGUACACUAGGCAAUUGUUGUACUUUUGUAAGUCUUAAUCUUAGCAAAUGGAAUAUUCAGUCUUUAUAUCAAGUUACUAAUAUUUUAAAAACCAUUGCCAACAUUUAUAGCAGUUGAAUACGACACUUAUAAUUUAAUGGCUACAUGAAAAGUUGUUAGAUUUCAUCUUUUCAAAAAAUGAUGUUUGUUACGUAUAAGUACUAGCUUGAUUGAAAUAUCUUGAAAUUUACGUUAUGUAAUUUAAUUAAAGCUCUAGAAUGGUUAGCAACAUUCCUUUCAAGAUAUGUUUAUAAAUAGAAAUACAUUAUAAAAUUAUCUAUAAUCUACUUUUGUUUUAUCAUAAUGAUCAUGUCACGUAAAUCCUGCGCUUUUUCGGUUUCAACAUUAAAUAAUAUACUAUUGUUGAUAAAAGACAAAGACUCAUACAUAUGAAAAUCAUGUGAAAUGAGUAUGAAUACCAGAAACCAUCCCAAUUGCCAUAAAAAUACCAAAACAUUGUCAUAAAAGUAUUUUGUAAAAUAACAAAUAUAUAGUAAAAAAUAAGC